AUGGCCAGGGGCGGCGUGGAGGCGGCAGGACACUUAACCACGUGGUGCUCGGCUGAGAGCCCCGGGCUGGGUCCCGGGGUGCGGCUACGUGAGGCAGGACCGGGUGUCUCCCACAUGGACCUGAAGGGCUGCUCCCUCUCCUCUUCCCAUCACUCGUCCUGCCUCCAGGCCCCAGCAUCACUCUCGGAGGCCCACUGGGACCUCCCUGGCAGGCUCGGCACCCACAUGCUGGCACAGAGCCGCCCACAUCCAGCCUGGACAGGUCCCUGGGUCUUGCUCAGUUCUCAUGUGCGGUGGGCAGUACCUGGGCAGGAGGGCACCCCGAGACCAGGUGAGAGAUCCAGACUCACAGCCUUCAAGAGGCGGCUGAUGGGCCAUGGAUCUAGGAGCCCCCUGCCCUCCUGA